CCCCAUAUCAAGGCACGGAAUACCUCAAAAAUGAUGUCGGCGAGCAAAGAUCCCAGUUUGACGUACUGUGACAGUCCCCUUGAGCAGCCCCGCAUGAGCAGCAGCUCUCCUUCGCCGUCGCUGCAGUACGAUGACUAUGUGCCGGCUCACGACGUCCUCUGCUGCGUCCUCAAGACCAGCCACGACAAGCUCUCGGCCCUCGUCGAGCCUUUCCUCCGCUGCCUCAGGAGGAAAGACGUGCUUGUGGAGGAGCUUGUCGGCGCACCGUGGGGCAGCCGCGCGUUUGUGCUGGACGCUUCGGACGACGUGCUGUUCGAGUACUGUAAGAAAUCGAAUGAGCAGCUCACGGCAGUGCUGAUGAAGCGGAGGGGCUUCACACCCGCAGAGCGGCUGAGACUGAUUUGGGCUCUGCUGCGGAGUGUGCAGCUGCCGCCAUCGGCGGAGUGGAAGGCGCUGAACCAGACCAAGAAUGCCGGAAACAGUGUGGACGAUGUGCAUCCGUCGCUGCUGCAGGAGUGUGUGAAGGGGGGCUUCAUCGAGGAGGUCAGCCGAGGAGGGAGGAGCAUUCAAAGCGCCAUUUUCAUUGUUGUGGUCCUGUGCGGUUUGUCGGUUCUGGCAGUAGAUCACGCCUUUGCACUGUCCCCGAUGGCGCGCAGAGGUCGAAGAGCAGUGGAUAGGUCAGAAAGAAUCCCGCAAACACCCACACAAGGAAGUCACGUUGAGUGUCCUCUCUCUUAGCGUCUCUCCUGGUGUUGGGUGGCAGCGAUGCGUUGCUGCGGCGGCUGGCCUCCUACUUUGGCGAGAAACUUGGAGUGUAUUUUGCCUUCAUGCAGUGCUACACCCGGUGGUUGGCCGUGCCUGCACUGGCGGGCACCGGCAUAUUCUUGGCGCAGACACUGGGCUACUGCAAUCAGGUGAGCGAGUGUGUGUGCGGGCAUCAUACGGGAGGCGGCCGCAUGUGGCAUGUGUGUGUCUCUGAGUGAAGGUCGGUGCAAUUGUGAUGUGGGUCGUUCUGUCCUUGUGGUCGACGCUGUUCAUCGAAGCGGGAUGGUGAGGCGGGCACACACAAUGCGCAGGGCUGUCUCGCAAUGGUGCGUGCCUGCCUGUGUCUUUUUGUGUGUGUGUGUGUGUGUGUGUUGUGAAGGCAGCGUCGUCUCGAGAAAAUGAAGGUGUCGUGGGAUCUGUGGCGGUAUGACGAUGCACAAAAGUGAGUCAGCGUCACAGAGGGGAUAGGGCUGCGAAUUAGUUGGCUGGCUGGCUGCCACGUUGGUCCGCUUGGCUGCUGCAUGCAGAAAUGCUGGUGACGUCCAAGACAUGGCCGACUGCGCCCCUGCCACAGACAUAAAUACUGGUCAAAUAUGCCGGCCAACAGACAGACAGACAGACAGACACGUCGUCUGUUCUCUCUUAUCCCCUUGAAUGUAGGCAAUGAAGUGUUGCGACGGCUGCUGUGCCUUGCGCCGCUGGUUCUCUUUCUGGUGUUCAGUGUGGUGGUGCUGUGGGUGCUGCUGACCACACGCGACAUGCUGCAGGAGUGGUUCGAAAGAGACCUGCAGCUGCCACGAGUGGUGGCCGCACAGGUGCCGGGCCUCCUCUUCACCGGAUGCAAGAUCGUGCUCGAUGGAAAGUGAGUCGAGUCCAGACAAAUCCUUGGGGCCUGAUUUCUCUCUGGUACCGUGUGUGUGUUUGUGUGUGUAGGGGCAAGCAGGUGGCCGUUGCUCUGAACCGGGCUGAGAUGCACUAUACGCCAAGCGCACGGGAGAACGCUCUGAUAAUGAAGCUGAUGUUGUUCCAGUUCUUUGAGAACUUCCUUCUGUUGCUCUUCAUCUGCUUCUGGCAACAGGCACUGAAAUGAGACACGCUUAUCAUCCAUUCAUGCAUCCCUUGUCUCGUGUCCAUCUGCAGGAUUUGGUGCAACUGUGUCUCGAGGUCACUCUUGACUUCAGCAUGAGACAGGUGGGCAGAUGAUGCCUGCCGCGGGUAUACAUUUGUCGCAUUUCCUCUUUUCCACUCUUCCUGAGCAGAUGAUCCAAAACUCAACAGAGGUCGGCAUACCCUUGUUCAACGGUCUCUUCAAGAUCCUCAUCGCUCCCAUCCUCUACAGCCUCGUCAAAACACUCUCGGCUCCACUCACGGCCGUCAAUCGUGCCAUCACGGCCGUCUCACGCUGCUUUCUGGCCUAUGUGCCCUUCGCCGAGAGGCUCUGGGGAAUUUUCCUUGCCACGUCGCUGGGGGAGCAGCUCCAGGGGCUUAUUGACAGCAUCCCCACCUUGGAAGAGGUGUUCAUGCAGGAGAGGCGCGCUGGCCUCAUGCGAAAGAGCGUCACUUUCAUCAAGAAAGACCGGCCGUCUGUGCUGCCGGCGAUGCUGGACACACCUAAGGGCCAGCUGGGGAUGGACGAACACGAUCUCUUCGGCGAGUAUGCAGGUGCGGUGCGCGAGAGACAUAAGGUGAUGCGUACAGGGACGGAUGGAUGGCAUCGUGUGUGCACAUUUCAUCAGAGAUAACGACCCAGUAUUUUCUUCUGCUGGCCUUUGGGCCGUUUCUCCCUUUGACGGCGCUGUUCGCCUUUCUGAACACGGUGGUCGAGUUCCAUCUCGACAUAUUCAAGACAUCCAGACUCACAAAGGUGAGAUGAACGACCAGUGCCAAAUGUCUCCUUCCUUCUGUCUCCUCCCCUCAGCGCCCGAUGCCGUCAGUGGACACAAUGGAGGUGUGGGUGAAGGUCUUCUCGGCGAUAUCCUUCGUGGCUGGCUCGAUCAACAUCUUCCUGCUGCUGGUGUUCCUUCCCGACCACUUCCUGCCUUCAUCCCUCGUCAUUGUGGGGCGGCGCGAGCCCAUCGGGCCGUGUGGGCGUGUGCUGCUGGCGAUAGUCCUUGAGCACUUCAUGAUAUGCAUGCAGGUGCUCAUAGCCCUGAGCAUCCCCCACCGGCCGGUGGAGGUGCAGAUUGCACUGGACCGGGAGAAGAGGAGAAAGCACAAGAGGGCAUAGGCAGCUGGGCAGGUGUGUGUUCAAUGUGUGGCGACCUUGUGGUUUGUGGUGUGACAUUGAAGGAGCGUGAACUGCAAUGGACACAGCACAGUGUCACACUGCAAUGCAUAUCACACUGAGGUGGAGCGAGGAGACAGUCU